UAGCAUCGAUGCUAUAAUAUACCGUGUUUGCAUCCAAUGGGAUACCGAAGACGCGCAAAACACGAUUGCAUUCGCUCGCAUUUCUGCUCGCUAGGGUCGUUCUCGUUUUCUCCCAACUUGAAUUGAUCACACCAUUUGGCUUGUUUUGUAGCCAGCGCAUGCUAAGCUAACAUGACGAGCCGACAAGAAGCAUUCAACCAAAACAAUUCCUCUUGACAAGCCGGUGGUCCUGUGCACAUCAUGGCGAGGAAAACGCAUGUCAUUUUGAUCAGAUAAUAAUGAAAGAUGUUUUGCUUUGUUUUGAUUUAUUUCACGCCCAAAUCCAAAAGAACUCUGUUGUGCAUUUUAUUGUCAAAAAAACGUGUUUUUUGACCCCUGUGGCAUAUGCUACUGAAAAUUUAUUAGAGCUAAAUAUCAUUCAUGUCAUUACCACGACUGGUCUUGUUGCAUUUUUCCCUCAUAAUUGAUGGAAUUGAUUGUGCAAUAACCCAUUUUAAUCUAGUUUAAUUUUUAUUUUAUUUUUUUCUGUGUGAUGCUCUUCCUGACUGCAUACCCUUUCUUGCCUCUAUUGCUGCUGGAAAUGUAAAUUUCCAGGAGGGAGUCAUCCCAAAGGGAUCAAUAAGGUCUAGUCUAAGUCUCGAAAACAUCUCUUGCUGCAGCUUCUGCAGUCCACCUGGCCUGUCAUCAUGGGCAAAAGCUGUAAAGUAGUGGUGUGCGGACAGGCAGCUGUUGGGAAGACUGCUAUUUUAGAGCAACUUCUCUAUGCCAACCAUGUCGCAGGUUCUGAACCCAUGGAAACCCUGGAGGACAUCUACAUCGGCUCCAUUGAAACUGAUCGGGGAACACGGGAGCAGGUGCGCUUCUAUGAUACGCGGGGUCUGCGGGAUGGGAUGGAGUUUCCUCGUCACUACUACUCGUUCGCAGAUGGAUUCGUGCUUGUCUACAGCAUAGAUAGCAAAGAAUCCUUUAAAAGGAUGGAGGCUCUGAAGAAGGAUAUUGACCGACACAGAGACAAGAAAGAGGUGACCAUCGUUGUCCUGGGGAACAAGCUGGACAAGCAGGAAGAGCGGAGGGUGGAUGCCAACAUGGCUCAGAACUGGGCCAAGAAUGAAAAGGUGCGUCUGUGGGAGUUGUCCGUGGUGGAUCGCCGCUCCUUGAUCGAGCCCUUCGUCUACCUGGCCAGUAAAAUGACUCAGCCUCAAAGCAAGUCCACGUUCCCCCUCAGCCGUAACAAGAACAAGGGCAGUGGUUCCACUGACAGCUGAGGAGCGAUGUCCUAUAGUGAGGUGUGUCAAAGGGAAGUGAUGAUAAACAGUCGUGUUGACUGGAUGUUUUGAAGUCAAAUAUUUGAAGUUCAUAACUUUAAUCAAGCCAUGCAAAGGUCUGUCAUAAUUAUUGUUAAGAAAUGUUAUUUAAUCGAGAUCAUUCAUGAUUUAUUUUUUCAUGCUGCAUUCCUGCAAAUGACUAGGUGCCUUGCUUGAAGGCACGAGUUUAGUCCGGUGCUCCUCCUUGUGACUGAUGUUUAGAGCUGUUUGACGGACAUAUGAAGUUACGCUUAUAUUCAUGAAUAUAAAUUGUUACACUAAUUACUGUUACACAGUCAUUGUUUUUUUAUUGUGUGAUCAAAUAAUUUAAAUGAGUUUUUGCGCUACAUUAUGUGCCAUUUGCUGUCAUGGAGAACAGUUACAUUGCUUGUGAUACAAAUACAAUCAUUUGACAAUCCUGGGAUCCUUUAUGACACUCUUUUUGUUGAUGCGCACGUGAACUAUAAGAGCACAAUAAAUACUGUCCAUAAACGUUGAGUUUAAGCUGUCGCCACUGCUGAAGUUGCCAAAUUUGUGUUGAAUGAAACCAAUAAAAUACACGU